UAGUUCUGUAUAUGCUUCUCACGUUGAGCUUAUGAUAUUCUCAACCUUCCUUCCAUCUGAUUCCUCUUCUUUGCUUCCUCUUCAUCAAGUUCGUUCUCAGCUUCUACCAUCUAACCUACCUCUUGGAACAAUCCAUUUUAGCUUCUCCCAGUUAACAUUAAUUUAUCCGAAUUUUCUUUCUCUUCUUGCUCUCUCUUCCAUCUUGGAAUCUUCGUCUGCAGAUCGAUAUAUACAAUCCAAUUCAAACCCCCAAUGGACAGCCAAGACAUCAGUGAUCUUCGCGUCGCCUCCUUCUCCGCUUACCUUCGCUCCCCAGAAGAGAAACUAGUGCUCAAGCUCACUGAAGAGAAUCCACGCCAGCCCAAAGCUGAUCAAGAUCAUCAGGGUCAUGAGAUUGGUGUUUUUAAUGCUGACAAGUACUUCAGCAUGAGAAUGGAUCAUCACGCAGAGACUGAUCGAAAGCUCGUCGUCGUCGAUCCGCCGCAACCGGUGAAGCCAAGAUGGAGGAUUGGAACCCCAAGUGUUAGCUCUGAAUCAAGCUGGAACAGCCAGUCUGCACUGCUACCUGCAGGCCACAUGAUCAGAAGCCCCAGCCCAUCUCAGAUCAAGCAAAAGAAAGCAGCUGGAAGGAGCUGCUUCACGGUUUUCGGGUUCAAUGGACCCUGCCUGAGCAAGAAGUCGGUGUAUGUCGGCGAUGGCGACGAGGAAGAUGCGGCCAUGGUUAAUCACAAGAAAGACGAGCCGAGAGAAGAACUCGAAUCCUUUCGGUUUGUGCAUCCAAUUGCGUUCGAUGGCGCCAAGGAGAACAUCGCAGGUAAACGGCAGUUGGGAGAAGCUGGAAAUGUGGGAGACAAGCCGCGAUUCUCAAUUGAGGUUUUCGGCUCAAACAGUAUGAACAAGGGCGACAUAGCCAUGAAGCUAGAGAGGAAGCUGUCCAUGCUAACCUGGGAUGCCAUUCCCAAGGCCCCGAAGAGUUUUAUUCCAUCAAAUGGGGGCCCUUGUGACGACAUUAUGAGCGAUGCUAGCUCAGAUUUGUUCGAGUUAGAGACCCUUUCGGGCACUGUACAGCCAUACUCGACGCAGUAUGAACCCAGCGAGGCCAGCAUCGAGUGGAGCGUUGUGACGGCAAGCGCCGCUGACUUCUCUGCGGUUUAUUCGGACUACGACGACAAGAGCAUUGCAGGGGACCUAACUUGCGCAAAUGCAGUCGAGAAAAUGGCCAAAAACAAGAACCCAACGCACAAUGAGGGGCCGAGAAGCCGGCCUGGAGGAGGCAGCUUGCUGAGCUGCAAGAAUCAGAAAGCCGUUCGUGUUGUUCAAACUGCAUACAAGAGUACUAACAACAAUGAUAAGUCCAGACCCAUGUCUUCUGCUGCUGCUGCGCCGCCGCUAGUGGAUUCUUGGAGGAAAGAUUUCGAAUUUGCACCGGUGGCGGUGCUCCGUUGCCUCUCAACCAAUCUUCCUGUAGAAAUGGGCUGAAACUGAGUCGAUUUUGCUUAAUUUGGGGAACAUUGUGAAAUUUUGGCACUAGCUUGGGGCUUGCUUGUUUGUCUUGUUGAUUUUGUGGAGUGUGCAAAAAAGAAAACAAAAAAAAAAAAAAAAAGGUUAAAUUGCACAAACUGAUACGACUUUAAUUAUCAAAUCACGGUUUUUUUUAUUUGGGCGGUGAGUGGUAGUUUGGAUCAUUAGAAAAACUUAUCAUAGCAAUAAUUAGUUUCAAUUUUAUAGUUCGAUAAAUCAAUCACCCAUACUCUUUAAUUGAAGCUCAAAAUACCCUUGCACUCACUAA